AUUUAGCAACACCGGUUCAUUGGCUAACUAAAUCUGUACCAUGUAUUAUACCAGAUUAAGAAAUUAUACAUAAUAGACAUGCGUGCUAACGAGUUCCUACAUCCCAUCUUCCGCGUUUUUUUUUUAUUACUAUUAUAAUUAUUAUAGAUGUAUUAUUAUUGUUUUUCUAGAAGUUCAUUAUUCAACCAUAUAUUGCAUUGUCUUAAUGCUAAAGUUCAUUAUCUCCGUUAAAAAUUUUCAAUAUAACAUAUGCGCAUAUCUUAUCUUAACAGUUAGUACUGAAUAGAAUAGGAACAAUGCGAAAAGUUUAAUCGUUCUCUCUCGUCAGCUCUGAAGGUGCAAGCGCCGCCAGUAGCUAUACACCGGGUUCGCGUCUUUCUAACAGUACCUGUAAAAAUAUUGGCAUGGUUAGCGAAAAGUUAUUCGCGAGUGCGGUGCGACAUUUCGAAAUGUUCGGUGUAGUGUGAUUGAUGGGAAAAAUUAUGAUUUAGUUUUAAGUGUUCUGCCAGUAUUUUGGGACUUACAAGAUUGUUUUUAUGGAGGUUCGACAAAUCACUAAAGCUUUGGACAGUGAAACAGUCCAAAAGCUGAAACGAGAGGGAAACAAGACUUUAACAAGCCUAACCGAAAGAAGCCAAUGGCUUGCUAGCAGUCAGGACGUUAAAAGAAGCACGUCGCUUGCUUGCGACUCUUUUAACGCAGUGGAAAGAGUUACAAAGCGAAUGGAGCAACUAAAGGUGGAGAGAAUGGAGAGACUGAAGGAGCUGGCAAGGUAUAGGACUUUACAGGAGGAGGCAGAAGAGCUUAAUCAAUGGACAAAGAAAACAGGAGAAGAAACAAUUAACAAUUUAACUUUACUUCUGAGAGCUUCAGGAGAUUCUACGAGUGUUAAAGGGGUGGCCAACAACUUUGACGAGUUUUUUUUCAAAGCUUGGAAACAAAUUGAAAAAUCCAACGAUUUGACCGAAGAAUGUAAAAAUAUCAAAGACUCUAAAGGACAGCAGCUCAAAGAAGCGUGCGAAAAGCUGGCUACACAAAUGAAGGCCUUCAGGGAACGUCUGGAAGAAACCAGAGAACGGAUAGAAGACAGUUCAAGAUGUUUUCUGCUAUUGGAAAGUUGUCAUGACAUUUUAGAUGACGAUAGUGCUGAACAGGAAGAGUUUUUUAAGUUAGCUGAGAGGAGUGCCAACGAUAAAUUGUUGCAGCUGUGUAAAGACAGCAAACCAGCCAACUCUGAACCAAAACAACACGAUCUCCCGCCCGACAAACCUUUGGAUCCUCCAUAUUCCAGCUCAGAAUUCAGCGCUUCUAGUACCCCGCAAAAAUCGCCGAGUACUCAAAUUAGAAGGCGAUCUGUAAGCUCUAUGGCUUACAUCUACCAUUGCAGCCAUCAUGCUGCUGGUGAGAUGUGCAAUUGCUGCGAGAGCGACACCGAGAACUCAGUUUCAUAUAAGCUGAAAAAAAGGUACAUACAAAUGCAGAAUAAUUGCAACUGUCAAGGCCUGUCCAAGGAGUUGGAAAGGAAAAAUAGCGGAACUCUAGGAGGUAUUAAAGAAGAGCGCGAAAGUGUUGAAAACCUCCUAGAAAAAAUCGAGAACCUAGACAACUGCCAACGCUGUGAUAGUGGUCUGUCUACUGCUGAUAAUUCCGUUGGCGAAGAUAGUUCGAAUUCUUAUACAAACUCCAAAAAGAAAUUGCAAAGAUUGUGUUCAUGUCAGUAUUACAAGGAAAGUUGUACUUUAUGUAGUGGAGGAAGCUCCAGUGGUGGUAGUAAUCAAGAUAAUAUGGAAAACCAACAGGAUAGUAUUAUUGAAUAUAAUAGGAGUAACAGUAGCGAUGAUAUUGAAGAAGAUCAAUACUUAGAAGAAAGAAGAAAAAUCCCUCCAGUUUCUGCCAAUAACCAUCUUUACUGCCAUGCUUCUACGCUUGACUUACCUUUGGAUGCUGUUUAUAAUAAUAUGGAUCCUAAAACACAAAAGACUUUAACAUACAUUAUAAAAGAAAUGAUCGAAACCGAAAGGGACUAUGUAAAAUCUUUGGACUACGUUAUAGUCAAUUACGUACCUGAACUACAACGUGAAGAUAUACCUCAAGCUCUAAGAGGCCAAAGAAAUACAGUGUUUGGUAACGUGGAAAAAAUCUUUGAAUUUCACAGUCACCAUUUUCUGGGUGAAUUAGAAGAGUGCGAAAACAAUCCCUUGCAAGUGGGACAAAUAUUUCUCAAAUACGACAAACGGUUUUAUUUGUAUGCUUUAUACAAUAAAAAUAAGCCCAAGUCGGAUUCCUUGAUGUCCGAAUAUGGAUCAAUAUUUUUCAAGAGUAAACAAAUGGAACUUGGUGAUAAAAUGGAUCUGGCGAGCUAUUUGCUAAAGCCUGUCCAAAGAAUGGGAAAAUACGCUUUGCUACUACAACAAAUGAUGAAGGCCUGUCCACAACCUCUAAUCAGUUCUUCUGAAAGAACCAUACAAGAAGUUGAUGAUCUUAGACAGGCUGAAGAAAUGGUUCGUUUCCAGCUAAGACAUGGAAACGAUUUGUUGGCCAUGGAUAGUAUCAGAGAGUGUGAUGUCAAUUUGAAAGAACAAGGCCGACUACUGCGACAAAACGAAUUUCUAGUUUGGGAGGGCAGAAGUGGCAAAAAAUCCUUGAGGCAAGUGUUCCUAUUCGAAGAACUUAUACUGUUUAGUAAGGCUAGGCGAUUUCCAGACCGUAAGCUGUUCGUAUGGCAGAAAUGUCUUCAAUGGGUAUCGGAAACAAGCCAUGUUUGGACAUCAGACCCAGCGUUGACCAAAUUAAUGAUAGAUCUAUCAGCAUUGCACAACUCAGCAAGAGUAACAGCACCCCGAUUUCGAAACUCGAUUGCAGGUUCCACUCCUGAAUCGUGCCGUACCAUCAAAAGACCCCACUCUGUGAUCUCGGUAUCCAGCGUUUCGUCCAGUAGCACCAGUUCUGGAGGUUCCGGAGCGCAUUCGGCCAGCCAGGGAAAUUCGAGUAUUGGAUUCGAGCCGAAUUUCACCGAUAGUCCCCAACCUUAUCGGUCUGCUACGCUUACCAGCCAGUGUUCUGUUGAAAGCGGUAUAAUAGCUGAUAUAUCGGUAGCUUCAGACGAAUACGCCGAUCAAAACCAAAAUGCCACCUCUUAGAGCGCUUACAAAGUUUUUGACUGUUCUAAGUCAGCCUACACCAUGUGCCACAAUAAUAUUAUACCAUUUUCUUUUUCGAAUAAUUACCUACAGCUACUCUUAAACAUUUCAUGUAAAUAUCAAAUUAUUACAUAUAAUCAUAUAUAUUUUAAUUUAUUUUAUUUGCAUUGUUAAAGAUCUAUAUUUUCUAUUUUUUAAGUAUUUUACUACAUUAUUUUAUAUUAACGUUUAGCUGUUAAGCAUCACUAUAUUUACUAGUACCUAUGAAAAAUAACAUAUAGUAUACUAUCAAUAUCAAGAUGUACCUAAUAAUACCCCGCAAGUGCAGCUACCACAUUAUUUUCAUAAAUUAUUCAAGUAUAGGCAAAUUUGGCCUUUUUUCUAGUUCAAAUAAUUUAACUAGCAAUAUAUAUUAACUUAUACACAAACAAGCCAUAUUUCAGAAAGUUCAAAACUUUAGAAACAAAGUUGUUAUUUGCUGUGCUACGACAUAAAACUGCCACAAGGAAGAUAGAAAAUUAAAAGGCUAAAUUUUGAAGCAGCUGUUAUCUAUUUAUGAAUUUGAUUUUUCAAUUAAACUGAUCUAAUAAAGUCUCUUGUAUGAUAUAUUUUGACAUUUUAUUUUCCAUGUAAAUGUCUGGUUUUUUGCCAGCAUCAAAAUUUCCUUGGAACCAAUUGAAGCUCAAUUAUUAAUUUGGAAGGAAUUUUGUAAGCCAAAUAAACCAAAAUCUAUAGAGGUUGAAAGUUUCAGGAACAUAUUACCCACAAGAAAUGUUUCAAAAUAAAUCUUACAGACUUGAUUACAAGAUACAGACAUAGAUGUUGUCAUUAAAUAAUUAUAGUGGAGCUAUCUUCUACUAAUUACAUGGAUGUACUAGAACUUAAUACAAUGUCUUUACAAUUUUUCGAGUAGUAAAGAAACUUGGGAAAAAUCCUAAAUCAAUUAACAGUUUUUCAUAUAUUAUUAUAAACAGAUAUUACAAACUUUGAUUAACGGUUACUAUUUUAUGAAUACUUUGUAUGUAUAAUUUAUUUUGUAAGGUUUAAACUUAUCAGCCAAUAGAUUUUGCAUGGUAGCUGUUAAAUAGGUUAGCUAUAAUAAUAAUUAUUGCAAUAUUUGUUUAUAAUAAUCAGACUUUCAGUAAAAAUAAACUUUUUAUGUAACUUUGAUUGUUGUGUUCCGAAUGUUUCUGUCCUGUAGUUCGCCUUGCUGCCACAAAUUUGCGAUACUUAAAUAUAUAGGAAGUGACAAAAUUUGUAUAAUGCAUUUUUUUAUAUAAA